ACAAACAUUGUGCACAAACAUUUAUAUAUCAAAGGUUUUCAACCCAACUACUAUGUUUGGACGACACAUGGAGAAACGUUCCAGCCUCAAUACCAAUAUGAAGCUCGCAAUGAAAAUUUUGAUUACAAUACAUAUCAAACAGUGGAGACGGAAUGGAAUUCUAAUGCAUACAUGGGAGACAUGUAUGAGUCACAAACAAGUGAUGGCCAUUUCACCGAAAGUGGUGAACAAUCUGGUGAACCAGUUGGACAUGAUAAUGCUUGGGAACUCCCUAAACUUGGAGGCUGCAAGUUUUUUCAACCGUUUAAACAUGGCAAGUGAACCUCUUUAUGAUAAUUGCGUGGAAGGGUUGUCAAAAUUCUCCUUAGCUGCUGAUGUGAUGCACAUUAAGACGACCCACAAUCUAGCUGAAACUUGUGUUGAUGAUGUGUCACACUUGAUUCAUAAUAUUUUACCUAAAGGUAAUGUUGCUUCCGAAAGCUAUUAUGAAACAGAGAAGUUGAUGCGUACAUUGAGUAUGCCUUACCAUAGAAUUGAUAUAUGUCAAAAUAAUUGCAUGAUUUAUUGGGGUGACCCUGAUGAAAAUUUAAUCGUAUGCAAAUUUUGUGAGCAUCCAAGGUACAAACCACAUAAGACGUCUAGAAAGGAUUCCUCUACUAGAAAACGUACUCCAUACAAGAGGAUGUUUUAUCUACCAUUAGCUUAUAGAUUAAAAAGAUUGUAUUUAUCUGAGAAAACAGCAGCAUAUAUGAGUUGGCAUGCUAAACACACAUGCCAUGAUGGUAAGAUGGAACAUCCUUCAGAUGGUAAGGCGUGGAAACAUUUUCAGGAGCUUUAUCCUGAGUUUGCAUCUAAUAGUAGGAAUGUUUAACUAGGACUUUGUACAGAUGGAUUUAACCCAUUCGGUUCAGCCGGUGGUAAUUAUUCGCUGUGACCUAUUAUUCUAACUCCAUAUAAUCUCCCGCCAGAUAUGUGCAUGAAAAGAGAAUAUCUAUAUCUUAGCAUUUUAGUACCAUGGCGAAAUCAUCCAAAAUGGAGUUUGGAUAUAUUCUUGAGACCGUUGAUUGAAGAAUUGCAGGAACUAUGGGAAUUUGGCGUAGAAGCAUUUGAUGUUUCUGUGAAGCAGAAUUUAAAUCUCAAAUCAGUGUUAAUGUGGACGAUAAGUGAUUUUUCGGCAUUGGGGAUGUUAUCUGGAUGGACUACUCAUGGAAGAUUAUCGUGUCCGUAUUGUAUGGAGGACACAAAUGCUUUUCAGUUAAAGCAUGGUCGCAAAUCAAGUUGGUUUGAUUGUCAUCGGAGGUUUUUGCCAGGAGCUCAUGGGUUUCGUCAAAAUAGAAGAUCUUUUCGAAAGAAUAAGGUUGUCUUGAAGUCAGCUCCAUAUAUUCGCUCGGGGGACGAAAUCUUAAAUGAUCAGUUGGAAGACAUUUAUGGAUUGAAGAAAACAGUCGAAUGUGGUGGCAACUGUCAUGUAAACUCCAAGAUCGAAGGAUAUGGCGAAACACAUCAUUGGCAUAAGCAUAGUAUUUUUUGGGAGCUGCCAUACUAGAGGACACAUCUUCUUUGCCAUUGUCUUGAUGUUAUGCAUAUCGAGAAGAACUUUUUUGAUAACAUAAUUAACACAUUGCUAAAUGUGGCAGGAAAGACAAAAGAUAUGCUAAAUUCACGGAAAGAUCUACUUAACAUCCUUGUCUACUUUUGCAGCAAAGUUUCUACUGGGAUGAUGCAUAUGGCGGAGAAGUGUACCAUAUGUGGUAUCAUGUUCUUGCUGGACGCCUUAGAGACAUGAUCUCAAAGGCCAAAGUUUCUGGCAAUAAGCCAGAAUGGAUCAGUGGGGACAUAUGGGAGUUAAUGGUAGAGUAUUGGGGCACUGACGCAGCUCGAAAAAGGAGCAAGAUAGCAUCGGAUAACCAUUUGUCUUGCCGUGAUGGGUUUGGUCCUCAUGCUCACACUUCUGGUUCACGUUCGUACGACCAGCUCCGAGAGUUAAUUCGACGCAAAGAAGGGAUUGAGCCUUCCAUGCUUCGUAAUCUGAGAGAGACUCACCGCAAAGCUGAUGGGACAUAUGUGAAUGAUAAGGCCAAGUCGAUAGAAGAAGAGAUACAAAGAGAGAUUGAUGCAUUAUCUCAAACCUCGGAUGGCGCCUCACAAGGAGAUUCUGAUGGCACAGGUUUGACUCGACUUGAUGAGGAUGAGCUGUUCUAUAAGGUGGUACCUUCUCAGAAUGGGAGGAUCUUUGGUCUCGGGGGCCAAAACUACAUACGUGAGCGUGGAGAAAGCUCAGCUGGUGCAGUUUCAAGAAUCUCUCUUGAACGCCAACUGACUUCUCUUCAAGAGACACUGGCAUCUGUGGUUGAGUUUAUGAAACAAUAUAUGCCAGAAGGGUCUGCAAGCACUUUCCCCUCGACUCAGCCAACUUCUGCAACUGGUGCGUCGGUGACCAGCCCAACUCAAGGCAACAACAUGGAGAACCGAGAUGCCAAUCUUGAUCCUCCGACUGACCCUUCGGAAAUGGCUGAUGACGUCUAGUACAAUCAUCCCACCAAUGUCCCUGAUGCUACUCAUGAGCAAGAAGACAAUGACGAUGAGGAGCUUGUCGGCGGUGCACUCUUCUAAAGAACUAUGUUCUCCCACCUUUCUCUACUCCCUUGCUCUAAUUAAAACUCUGUUUUUUGUUAUGUAUAACUCUGUUUUUUUGUUAAAAACUC